CACGUGACGUCAAAAAUAUAAAUAAACAAGUCAAUUACAAAAGUGCUGCUGGGUCUUUACAAAACCGAAGAUGUCGAACGUAAGGCGACCGAAAAAUCCUUUCGAUGACGACGACGAUGAACCAAAUGAUUUUGUCUUCGUGCCUAGGGGACCAUCGAGACCCCAAGAAAAGAAAUAUCCCUACGGGGACUUUGGUAUCGACGAGGACGACCAGGAAAAAGACGACCAUGACGGGGCGGUUUCCCUGCAGACCCAAAUCGAAGAGCGACAGCAAAACAUGCUGCAGAGUACAAACAGGUCUCUCGGCAUGAUGUACGAAGCCGAGAAUGUCGGAAACGAAACCGCUCACGAAUUGUUGAGGCAAGGAGAGCAACUCCAAAACAUUGACAAGAAAUUGGACAAAAUGAACACAGACAUUGACACCUCCAAGAAGCACGUCACGUCCCUGCGCAGCGUCUUUGGUGGCGUGGUCAACUACUUCAGCAAGAAGCCCGAGCGGGAGAAACCUGAGGAGCAAGAGAGGGCACCGAGCAAGCUGCGGACAAUGGUGGGAGACGGGCCGGGCGCGAAGAAGGAGGAGCAAGAUUGUAUGGACCACCCGGCCAUGAGGUUACGGGACCCCAAUGCAGGGAGGUACAAUAGUCGAUAUGACACCUCAGGAUUUGAGGAGACACCGUCCUCUUCCAUGCGGGGUACCGGCUACAACUCAAGCAGGCAACAGUUUGAACAGAAGCUGGACAGUAAUUUGGACGAGAUGUCAAGUGGACUCGGCCGUCUCAAAAACCUCGGCCUAGGCUUGGGCGACGAAAUUGAACGACAGAAUGACGAUAUCGAUCGCAUCACAGGGAAAACGGACAAAUUGGACACUCGCAUUGAGGGUGUCAAUACAGACAUCAAGAAGAUACUGCGCAGAUGAAGGCAAGGGUGGGCAAAGAAGCCUACAAACAUUACAUGUGUGGUGCAGCAGAUAUGAACGAAACACAGCAGUGAAUGAAAAAGGCCAAUUAAAAAAUAUUUUCACUAGUUUCCAGCAAAAGUGUAGCUGUGUGUGCAACUUCAAAAAAAUCUUGAAGAAAGGGUGACGACUCCUUUAAUUGGGCGCAUUAAUUUAAUGUCGGCAAAAGAUUCAAGGAAAUUUGAAGAAUCCAACCGCCAUCUUGGAAAAUCCUUCAUCUUAAAGGGAAAAAUUAAGAAGUUGCCCUCCUUAAAAAAAAAAAGCCCUGACGUGAAUUUCGUGAGACGAUUUUUUUUAACGUGGCCAAAACCUGACACAAAAGUAGUUGCAACUGAACCAAACAAAACGAAUCACAAGUCACCUGCUCUGCUUUUUGAGUAUUAUUUUGUUUUUAAUCAAUCUAGCACAGUGAAAAUCAAUAAGAACAGAUAACAUUUUUAAUCUACAUAUUACGUGCAUAUACAUACUAUGAAGAAAAAACUU